UAUGUGUCGUCCGGAGUCCAAUCCCCUCCUCCUUCUCUCUCACACACAACACACAGUAAAAAAACCUCUAAAUUCUGCAGCUCAUCUCAGAAGCCUCUGAUUCACUAUAAUAUGAUGAUGGCUCCAAUAUAGACUUAUCACCUGUUUUGAAUACCUGGGUUUUCUUCCAAAUUCUGUAAUUUUCCUCUUAUUUCCCCAUCUGGGCUCCGUUGAUUUCCUUAUUUUCAUUGGAGAAAGAAAGAAAGGAAAUUAAAGAGAAACUUGCAACAAAAAAUGGGGAAAAAUCAAGCUUACAAAGCUAUGCAAAGAGCAAGGCUGGGUGCCAACUCUGCUGCUCCUGAAGAGAUCAAUGACGGCAUGGUGGAUGGUUCUUUUCAUUCACCAGAGUGGCAUGCUGCUCGUUUGGCAAGUCUCAAUAAAUCUCAUACUGUUACGUGGGAAGAGUUCAAAAGGAAGCAAAAGGAAAGAAGAAAUGAAAAAGGGGAGUUAGAAGCAGACAAGGAUAGAAUGAUGAGGGAGUACAGGGCUCAACUAGAUGCUGAAAGGGCUCUCAAACUUUCUCAAGGGAAAAACCACUCAAGCAGGAAAUCUGGCCGCAGAAAAGAAAAGAAAGAUAAGGAUUCAAAGAAGCGCAGCAGCAAGAAGAGAAAGCAUUCGAGGAGAUAUUCAGAUUCUAGUUCUUCAAGUUCACCCUCAGAGUCUUCAAGUAGUGAUGAUGAAUCAAGAGGAUCAAAGUCGAGGUCUAAGAGAAGGAAGAAAGAAAAAAAGCAUCGAUCAAGAUCCAAGCAAUCCAGCAGUGAUAGUGGAGCUGACGGGCCUUUGCCACUUUCUAGAUUCUUUGGGAAAAGCUGAUUUUAUUGUACUUGUACCAUUAAUCUUCUCUUAGAUUAGCGGU